ACAACUUUUUGAUUGGGCUAACUUGGGCUUUUAAACAACAAAGCCCAUAUAGUAAAUAACCAAAUUGGGCCCACUUAAAUCGGUUGAAAAAUCUUUUCCCCUACCGAAGCGUGUCUGAUUUUUCGCUCUCGAUCGAUUCUCGCCUCUCUCUCAUCGCAGCGAAUAUCCAAAUCGAAAGCAAUUUCUCUCGACGAAGAAAAGAGAGACAAUCGGAGUCUGGGGAGGUAAAGAAGUACACGAUCGGAGGUUGAAAACGGAGUGAAAUUUUCAGGUCAGAGUUUCGGGGAAAAAAAAGAAAUGGGGGAUCAUCUGGUGAGAGCUGAGGAAUUUGAGAAGAAAGCUGAGAAGAAACUCAAUGGAUGGGGAAUAUUCGGAUCUAAGUACGAGGAUGCUGCUGAUCUGCUCGAAAAAGCAGCUAAUUCCUAUAAGCUCGCCAAAUCAUGGGAUCAAGCUGGAAAAGCUUAUCUAAAACUUGCUGAUUGUCACUUAAAGUCAGACAGCAAACAUGAUGCUGCUAACGCCUAUGCUGAGGCUGCUAAAUGCUACAAGAAAGUUGACACAAAUGAGGCUGCAUCUUGCCUAGAGCGAGCAGUGAAUAUAUUUUGUGAGAUAGGAAGGCUCAACAUGGCUGCAAGAUAUUACAAGGAAAUUGCUGAGUAUUAUGAAUCUGAUCAGAAGUUCGAGCAGGCGAUUGCUUACUUUGAAAAGGCAGCUGAAUUCUUUCAAAAUGAAGAAGUGACCACUUCUGCAAACCAGUGCAAUCUAAAGGUUGCACAAUAUGCUGCACAGCUGGAGCAAUAUGAGAAGGCAAUCAAGAUUUAUGAAGAUAUAGCACGCCAUUCACUCAACAAUAACUUGCUUAAGUAUGGGGUUAAGGGCCAUCUUCUCACUGCUGGCAUGUGCCACUUAUGCAAAGCUGAUGUUGUUUCCAUCACUAAUGCGCUGGAGAAAUACCAGGAUCUGGAUCCGACUUUUUCAGGAACACGGGAAUGCAAGUUCUUAGCGGAUCUUGCUUCUGCUAUUGAUGAGGAAGACAUUGCAAAGUUCACAGACGUUGUCAAGGAAUUUGAUAGCAUGACUCCACUGGAUUCAUGGAAGACAACCAUGUUGUUGAGGGUGAAGGAGAAGCUCAAGGCCAAGGAGCUGGAGGAGGAUGACCUUACCUAAACAUAUAUAUCCAGAGCGUUGCUUUUUAGUCAUUCCCGGUUUGUAUUGUCACUAUGUCCGUUACUUCAUAUCCGACUCUUCUUUGAUUUUAUUGUGUCUGGUUUUGGUUUUAAGGUUUCUUAAGAGGUUUGGUCAAAUUGGGUUUGUUUGGUAUCAACGUCUACAUUUGUUCUCUGUUUCUCAUCACUUCAUUUAUGGGAACUUCUCAAGUCUUUGGAGUUUUUAUACUGGUUAAAUAUCUGUGGGGAUUCUUCUUCGUUCAACGAUUAUUUGAUGAAUCGAGAGGUUUAGGUCUCGAUUAUUUGUUUGCUUUUACGUCUACAUCUAAUAAAAGUGUGUUUUUUCUUCU